AUGAACGGGCUCGAUAUGGAUCAAGAUUUCGAGCACAAUGCUUCAGUGGCCGAUGUACCGGCAUCCCAGUUUACCGCUGGCGUGUUGCCGAACCCCUUGAUUGAUGAUAUCAAAUCACUGCAACACAAGAACGGCGUUCUGAUUCCUCUCAAAACCACACAGGAAGUGCGGCAAGACCACACAAUCAUACAGGCUUUCAUCACAAGAGUCCCGUCAAAGUCUGCCGCCGACGUCAUUACUGCAUUGCGCCUUAUGCGGCCCAGUGGUAGCGCUAACCCCCUACCCCAUCUGCGAGGAUGCGCAAAGCCUGCGGACUUGCCUGCCCAUCUGAAGACGAAGUUUAUGAACGAAACCCCCGAAGGCCGGCACGUUCAUUUCGCAAAAUCACAGUGGCUCUACAUCAUGUGCUGUGAGGUGUCGGAUAUCACAGAAGAAGAGCUCGCGUUAACACUCGCCUCUGUCGAAUCCCUCGCCGGACUCGAGAUCUGGAUUUCCACCGUCCCAGUUCCACUUGUCGCCCCAACUUCACAGAUUCAAGCUGCCAUGUGGUCCUCGCAGUUCUGGCCAACAGUGUAUCGCAAAAACAACCCUUUGGGACCUCAUCCUAGCAUGGUGGCCAGAGGAACCGACGAAAUCAAGGAUGAUGCGGCUAUGUGGAUGACUUUGGCCCAGCGCGUGGCAGACGAAGCCAGGGGUUGUGGGAUGGGAGAAGCCAUCGGAGCUGUCGUUGUGCAGAGAGACGAGAACGGUGCCCAGCUAGUUGCAGUGGCAGGUGAUGCGCGCUGGCGUCAGGAUCCUUUGCUGGGAGAUGUUGGCAACCCUAUGGCACACUGCGUUCUUCGUGUUAUCAGCAUGGUUGCGCAGAAACUCGUACGUCAUGAGAGGAGAGCAAUGGGUCUGACUCUUGACCUUCCAAUACUCGAAUUUGACGCUUUCCACGACGUACCGAUUCUCGAUGCGGAGAAGAAGUGCUUCGAGCAGGAACACCCAAACAAGGAUGGCUAUUUGUGCCAUGGGCUGGAACUUUACAUGACGCAUGAACCUUGUGUAGCAUGUUCAAUGGCUAUUCUUCACGCCAGAAUGGGCAAAGUGGUAUUUUGUAACCACAUGCCGCGAACUGGCGGCUUGAGUUCAGACGAUCGUCCUGACGGAGGCGGAAGAGGGUUGGGUCUCUUCUGGAGGCGAGAGCUCAAUUGGAGCUUGCUGGCCUGGGAGCUGGAGCAAGAUGCUAAUUUUGACCUGGUGACUUUGGACCCGACCACUCAUGUUUAG